AAUUGUCUGGAUAGGUUAAACAAAUUGAAGACGACAUCUGGGCUAGUCUCCACUCCUUCCUUGUACUUUGACUGCCGUACGCGGCAAGAUGUUACACGUGUACUGCACACUUACUUCCCUCUCUCUCUCUCUACCUUACUACUCUCUCUACUACCUCCCCUCAUUCCUUCCUCGACCUCUGAACCCGACUCUACUAACAGUCUACAUUGAACAAGUUAUGCCGCCGGCUCGGACAGUUAUCCGCAGCGCUGCAGGGUUUUCGGAUCCCUCAGACUUAUCCCUAUCAGUUCUACGGGACCUUUCAGUCAGCUCAAUCAAUGAUUUUGACACUGUUCUUUUAACCGAAGUCAACUGGAACAAAAAGGCUCUCGGAUGUCUGUCCGUUUCCCUUUCAGCAGACAACCUCAGAGUGGAGGAGGCCACGUUCCACCUACUAGGCAGCCUCUGGGACCGCAAAUCUUUCCACGCAGCCUCAAUGUGGACCACAAUUAAUCCAACGCAGCUGACUAUUUCUCUUCCAGAUCUUUCCGCGUUCACGUUUCCCCCUGGUUCCCUCUGUUCCAACUACCUCUCUUCCGAAGAUUUGGAGUUCGAGUUCUCUCAAGGUGGACAACUGGUUCCCCCUAAUCUAUACCAAGCGACCAACCUGUCCUCCUUCUGCCUCAGAUCUUUUGUACAUCCAACUUCAGACUGCUACGCCAAGGUCCAAUUCCUCAUCUUUCCGUUCCCACUUUCCAUUCUAGCCACAAAUCCUCUCUACCUAGAUGUAAACUUUCCGGGUCUUAAACUAGCAGAUUAUGAAUUCCCACUAGCUCCUGCAGCUCUGUUAUCUCCCAUCAACGACUCCUGGGGGUUUCCUCUCGCCCCUGCAGUCUUUCCUGGUGCUGAUUGGAACGACAGUGCUAGUGUGCCGUCUGGUAUCCGACUACGUAUAGCCCUGUCUCAGCUUCUCAGGUCUCCAAUUCUUCCUGAGGUUAAAGCCAACAUUUCAGGCCUCAAACAGCGUUAUGCGCAAAUACUGGAGAAAGGCUCCAGCACCUUCAAGACUAAGUUUCCUACUCUGAUCUGGCCUCCAGCUACUACUAUUCCUGCUACAGAUCUACCUUCUCAAGUUUCACCAAGAUGAAAUCAGAUUAUUCUUCCCCUGGUAGAUUUUUCUCCUCCCCCAGGUGGAGUUACUCCAGCAGUCUAAUUUUACUUGUUAUUGUAAUUUUUAUUGACAAUUUCUUAGUUCACCGACUGAAUAUUUUAGAGUUGGAUUUCGCUGUCAGAAUGUUAAUUUCCCCCUAAAUUUUCCCUUGGGGAAAUUUCCCCU